AAAUGGCUUCAGCUCUCCACAGAGCUCAAGUUUUGGUUGUUUUUUUGUUUGUGGAAUGUGCAGUGUAGGGUGUUUAGAUGCAAGUGGCCAGGUGUUUCCCAAUAUUGAAGCUCUUCAUGUGGAGACAUGCACAGGUAACAGAGCUCAAUCUGUCACAGCCCUUGGUGGUGCUCAUCCGCGUUUGAAGUUCUGACUUGAAAGGACUGACUUCUGAGAAAUCAAGGCACAGAGUCCCAGCCCCUCUCUUUCAGCAGGAACUCUCAAUGACAGAGGAUAGGUUCAGAUUAGUAGCUGAACUAGUUCUCAAGUGAGUACCCGGUGGCUUGCUGAGAAUUGUUUCAACUCCAGAGCAUUUCUUAAUCUUGGACCUCCAUCUCUGGGUGACAGAAAGACUUUUAAAAGCUUGAUAAAUAAACACUGGAUAAACUCAAGAGAAUUUCUGGACUGCAAAGACUUCUUACGGUUCUGAGUUCUCCAGGGCUGGCAUGUUUUGACUGAACUGCUGCAACGAUGCUGGAAACAGUCUGACAUUUCUAGCUGAUCAAAAGGAAAACAAAUAACCUCAGCUAUGGAGAGAAAAAGACAGCUACAGAAAAGGGAAAUUGGGAAAAGACUAUCUCUGGACAGCAGUCUUGUGGAAUACAUGGAUUCAAACAAAUACAUAGAGCACUUAGUGACUCAGCUGGAAGAACAACGCUGGAAUUUAUGGAGGCAAAAGCUGUCUGUGGCUCGGCUGCAGCGAGAAGUUGCACAGAGUAAGAGUGAAGGAGCAAUGCGUGAGAAGCUGAUACAUGAGUUGGAGGAAGAAAGACAUUUAAGACUUGAGAGUGAAAAAAGAUUACGAGAGGUGACACUGGAGUCGGAGCGUAGCAGAGCUCAGAUGCGUGGGCUGCAAGAACAAUUUUCCAGAAUGGAGGAGACAGUGAGAAAUCUGCUGCAGAACCAAGGAUCUCCAGGCCAGCACAGAGAAGCAACUGUCAAUAUCAUGAAGGUAUAUCAGGAAAAACUGUCAGAAGACAGUAGAAAAUGUAAAGAAGGCAUGGAAAGAAUUCACACGCCAGCAGAUGAAGAUUUAAAAAGUGAAAGCAACAGCACUGAAGAAGAGAAAGAAAAGACAAAAUUGCUGUUGGAGCGUUUGAAAGCUCUGGAGGCAGAGAAUUCAGCACUGGCUCUGGAAAAUGAAAAUCAGAGGGAACAGUAUGAAAGAUGUCUUGAUGAGGUAGCUAAUCAGGUUGUUCAGGCUCUACUUACUCAAAAGGAUCUGAGGGAGGAAUGUAUCAAGCUGAAGACAAGAGUUUUUGAUUUGGAGCAACAGAAUCGAACAUUAAGUGUGCUUUUCCAGCAGAAAGUUAAACCAGCUUCUGAUCUACUCCUUCAGAAACUCCACUCACGCAUCUUAGACCUCUCAUCUGGGGAUUUGCUUUCAGAAGUAGAACGAAACAGAAGCCUGAUGCAAUCUCGAACUGCUGAUGCUCAGAUUCAUGAAUGCCAGCAGAAUGUAAAAUCCAGCAUACCUGCCUUGAAAUGCCAGAGUCAAUUAAAUAUGACAGGUCCUAGCUUCCUGUAUCCUCGGAGCAGCUGCAGUAGCAGUGAGCUCUCCCUCUCAAGUGCUUGCAGUGAAUAUUCCAGUGGUUCCUCCUACACUUGGAAUGAUGGAAAGACAUGCAGCAAAAGGUCAUCCAUGUGCUGGGAUAAAAGAAUAAGCUUUGGCUCUUCGCUCCCAAGCAACCUCUCAAGUCCUGCAGAUGAUCUACCUCCAACUCGUAUCAAGGAAAAUCAUAUCUUAGAAGGGCUGAAAAAAUUACAGAAGCAAAAAAUAUUACUUGAAUCUCCUUCAGUAAUAUCAAAAUGGGGUUACAAAGAUUGCAUGAACUCUAAUGAGGGAAUAUAUUCCCCAGGAGUUAAAUGUGGCAGCCAUAAUGAACAGACCCUUUGCAAGCCAAUGGAAAUGGGAAAUAUGUGCAUUGAACAUAACAAAACUUUCUCCUAUGAUUCAGAUUCACAUGAUGAUGCAGACGAUGACUCUUCAUCCUUACUCUUGCUGCAGGAAGUACCAAGCAAAGACUGCAGGACCUACUCUAACAAAUUAACUCACAGCGUUUCUGACAGUCUCUUUGACUGGGAUCCUAAUAGGAAACAUUUGCCAGAAAGAAGUUCAUAUUUUAAUUCAAAGGAAAGACCUGAAAAAUUGACUAGUUUUGUCGCUGGAUUUCAGGCAGAAGUAAAAUCAUGCACCAGGGCAAAGCUGCCUGAGAUACAAUUAAAUCAAAGCCAUGCUAAUACAGGCUGGAAGGAUCUUAAUUUCCAGCUUUCAGAUACUGAUGACAAUGAAGUCUUGGAUGAAUUGCAUAUAGAAAGCAGUGAUGAGAAAAGUCCAUCAGAUUUAUUCGCAUCUCCUUUUACUGAGAAGCACACAAAGACCUCUGACGUACUGAAAGUCACAGAGAAUUCUCAGUUUGUUUCUAGUGACAAAGAAGAAAAACGGAAAUCUGCUCACCUAGACAUUAGGCCAAAGACAAGUACUUUCAUUAAACAACAAAAGGUUAUUAAAAAGACCUCAUCUGAGGAGUGCAUUACCAUAAUAUUUGAUGCUGAGGAUGGUGAGCCUAUUGAAUUCAGCUCACAUCAAACUGGAGUUGUCACAGUAACAAGAAAUGAAAUUUCAAUCAACCAGCCACAAUCUAGGUCCAGUUCAGAAUAUACUGAACUUCUACCUCAGGGAAUAACUGAUUCACAGACAGGAAUCAAUGCUAGAAACUACACUGCUUUAGAAAAACCUGAAAAUGAAGCUGAGAAACAAACUUUGGAAGAUAAUGCAGGGAAUAAAAAUACAGUUGUCCCCAUGACCUGCAGUGAAUCUUCGUGCUGUGGAAGAGUAACCCUGCAAAAUACUCCACAACAAAAACUAGUGAAGCCAGUGUCUGAUGUGUCGUACAAGACCAGUUCAAGCUCCACUGGGCAUGCAGGAAUCAUUCAAAAGCCAAACUUGACUAAGAUACCCAGCAGAGGAAAAUUUUCUCCACAAAAAACUGCAAUAACAGAGAAUGAGGAGACACCUGUACCUCAAUCAGUGGGCCCUGCAGCCCUUGAAAAAUCCCCUGCUCUGCCACCUGUAAAGCUUUCAAGAUUCAAAAAGGCGCAAAGUCCGCCUCGUAAUUUUGACCCAAAGGUCAGUUUCCAGGUUCCAAAGCCCCCUGCCCACCUCCUGCCUGGCUUGAAAUGUCCGGGCAGAGGUGAUGGGUCAAAGUGUCCAAAGAGUCAGAGUCCAGCAUCACCACUGUUGCCUCAGCACCUUGUAGAGCCCAGUGACUAUGGAGAACCUCCAACCAGAGACUUGAAUUGUGAUUUAGCAACUGUAGAUGCCCGAUCACCGUCCCCACCCCUCCCUCCAGGCAGAUCAACAUCCCUGUUGAUUCGGCCUAAUUAUGCUCCUUCAACACCUGUAGCAGUAAAAUUGGGAGGAGCUGGUCCCAGCGAAGUAGCAAAAAAUAUACUGAAAUCAUCACCGUUAAAAGGAGCUGUGAACUCUGGCUUUCAUAAUCAAUCUCGUCAGGAAAUGCAGGCAAAAGCUGUAUCUUCUGGGGCCAAAAUUGAAUUAUCUUACCUUCAGGAAAAUGCAGAAACAAUUAUGCAAAAUAAAUGCGUAUCUCAGCAACCCCACAGUGCAUGCCAAGGACUUUCCAAAGUUUCCACAAAGCAAGUCUGCCCAAAAAGCCCUAAUCAGCUGGGUCUCCACAGGAAUCAUGAAUUUUCCAACACUGAUUUUCAAACAGCCAGGUCCUUUUCUGUAGGCUGUCCAUCAUUGGAAACAACUUCUUCACACAACACAUAUUCCAGGGAAAAAGACAUUUUCACUGACAGCGGGGUGGAUCAGCCACAAAAGAUGCCAAAUGCACUCUCCACCGCUCCUCAGUGUCAUGCAACAAACACAAGCGAGCCUUUACUCUCUCAGGUAAACAAUUCCCUGAUGUCAACCCAGGUUUGUGGUAGUGACACCACAUAUGCUGCCCAUAACUCUGAGGAGAAAGGAAUGAAAACUCGUCUCCCUGUAGGGCUGAAAUUGUUUGUCAAAUCUCCCCAGCUUCUCCGAAAGAGCUCUACUGUACCAGGGAAGCAGGAGAAAGACAGUAUAAAUGCAGCUUCCAAAAGUAAUGUUGGUUCAAGUAAGUACAAGCAAAAUGAAUCUGCAAGUGCUACUGCUAGAGGUGCCACAGAUGCCAAAUUAAAAGACUCUACAUCUGAUGCUGAAGUGAGAAAUAAUUUUACUGUGGGACUUAGUAUGGAUGCAGCAUCACCUCAUUCACGUGGAAGCUGCAGCUUGGUGGCCGACAGAGUAGAUGGAUUAGAAAACAAAUUAGUCAAGAGAUCUGUUUCUUCUAGCAACAAGUCACACUUGAAGCCAGCUCUGGGCAUGAAUGGAGCAAAAGCUCGUAGUCAGAGUUUUAGCAUUCAUACAGGAGAGAAGCCAUCUGCCCCUGUGACAGAAGGCCUUGGAAAAGUACGGACUCAGAUUAUUACAAACACUUCUGAUAGAGGAAAUUCUCUGACAAGGCAGAACUCAGCCAUGGAAGGGCUUCAAGUCAAGGCCAUUCCUGGAUCAGCAGUGACACCAGAGACUCUUCCAUUUACUCCUAAAACCACAGAAAAUUCUUACUCUAGACAAAGUUCUCUUGGAAAUACCAGUAGUUGUAAUAGCCAACAUGGAAGCCCAAGCAAACUGCCCUUCAGGUCAUCUUCAAAAGGAGACUUGUUUCACAACACUUCAAAAUGUGAUGGAAACAAGCCAUUUUUUCAGAAGGAAGCACGUAGCCUAUCUGUCCAGAGUGAGAAAAGCACUGAAAGUUUUAAACAGGAAGCACUAAGUAAAAAAAGUGUUCUGCCAGCAGAACUGGAAUUAGAAGCAUCAGUUACUGUAUCUUCCAAACAAAUUACAUCAUUUCAAGUCUUAGAUGGAAUAAAAUGUCCUCAUAAACUGGAAGCAACAAGGUCAGAAAGACAGCAAAUGUCUUUAAAGUUAUCAGAAGCCUCUGAGAAGGUUGCUGAUGCUUUGAGUUCACCAGCUCUGAAACCUACAAUAGAGGAGAAAGUCAUGCUUUGCAUCCAAGAAAAUGUGCAAAAGGGUCAGGGACAAACCAAAUCUCCCACUGGAGAAACUAAGCAGAAGUCUGGGCCCUCUAUAGCUAGCUGGUUUGGCUUUCGGAAGAGUAAGCUCCCAGCACUGAGUAGCAGAAAAACUGACAUCCCUAAAACUAAGGUAGAAAAAAAGGAUGUAAAAGUUUCAGGAUUUGGAAUUAAGCAGGCAAAAUUAGAGAAAAGAAAAGAAAAAAAGAAGACUGAACAACACUGUGAAACAGAAAAUGAAAAUAACAGGAAAGCAGACAGUGACGACAUUUUAGCUGAUGUCAUGGAGAGCAAAAUUAUGCAACCUUCACAGGACAGGGCUGGUGAGAUUGAGCGUGAAAAACUCAGAGGUUCCACCACAGCCACAUACUCACCAAAGGACAGUUUUAUGAAAGAGCUGCUGAGCAGAGUUGAUAAGAAAGCAGCUCAGCAGACAGAAAGUGGAUCAAGUAAUGUUUCCUACAGGAGUGUGUCGAAGGGCAGCUCCCAGGGCUCCUCUCUUCACGGCAACUCUAUCAGCUCUCAAGGAAACCACAAGAAAAACAGCAACACAAAAGCUGAUAUGGAAAUGCAGAAUCAGACCCUGGCUAAAGUAGUCACAGAAAACCUGCAAGAAGAAGAGGAGGACACCAUGACAAGGACUACAUGUCAGAGUCAUGUGAUAGAGUCUUGCUGCCAGAUGAGGACAUUGGACAGUGGGAUUGGAACUUUCCCCCUCCCAGACUCAGGAAACCGCUCUACCGGGCGACACUCUUCUAAGCAAGAAUCAACUUUGGAAACAGAAGUCCUUGCACCAUCUGGGCAAGUUCUUCCUUCAGCUCCUUCAGUAAAAGCCAAAACUCUUGAGCGAGAAGUGCCUUCAACAGCUAAGAGCCAGGAGCCUGUGGAAAGCAUAAUUAGUCACUCAACGUCUGACCCAGCCAUGACUGCCAAAGGUAUACGACCUUUUCAAAGUCGCCUUCCAAAACCAGCUUCCUCAGGAAUACUUAACCUUGCAAAGCAGAGGGAACAAGUACCAAGCUCUGUGACCUCUGCCUCAUUAGAGCAUACUGAAGAAACUGCGGAAAACAGAAAAGUUCUUCCAGGGUGGACAACCAAGAAAACUGCUAAAACAAAGGACAGAGCUCUGAGAGUGUGUACUUACUCCGCGAGCAGCAGUGACACUGAGCUGGAGCCAGAGUAUGAAUCAAAUUAUUUUAGAACUGUAGAGGAGACUACUUUUGUAGAGUUAACAAAGAACAACAAACAAGCUGACCAGGAAAAACAAAAUCAAAGAAAGUCAUUUCUGGGGAAUCCCAUGUCAAUUUUGGAUUUAUACCAAAACAGUCUCUAUGGCCAUUUUGGAGAAGAUGCACCUGAACAAUUAACACAUUACAGUUUAAUUGAGCAGCUGAGUGGAGCUUCCAGUAAAGAUAGCAAAGGCAAGGAGAGCUCAAGGAAAUUGAAGCAAACUGGAGAAACAAAAGAAGAUUCCCAGAAUAGAUUAUCUACAAUUUCCCUGGAGUCUCUCCAUAAAUUUAACAGCAAUAAUGUACUUUUACUAGAAAAAGAGAAGAACUGUCUGAACAAGGUUGAAGGACAAAAGGAAGAAACUGGAAAGAAAGAAGAAGCUUCCUUAAAUAGCUCGGGUAGGCAUGACGUGGACAAUUUAGAAUCCUUGAGUGAUUCUCUCUACGAUAGCUUCUCCUCUUGUGCCAGCCAAGGCUCCAAUGGUGUCUAGAGACACUUUCCAGUGGGUCGUGGCCACAGAACAGAGCUGAAGGUGAACGGGGGGCAAGAGGGGAGAAGAAGUGGUCUUUGAAAGUCCUCCCUCCAAACCACUGUACUGGCAGUGGGAUGCACCAACUUCUCCCCAUAUAGCAAUAAGAAAAGCAGGACAGCAGUGGUCACGACGCUUCAUGACACUUGAGGCUCAUCACUGAACACGGCGAACCGUUACAAAGAGAGAAAGUCUUAAUUUUGCACUUUUGUGAAUAUUUGUACAGUUGUAAAUACCUUGGGAAAAUAUAUUUGUAGGGAUAAAUGACAGCAAUAAAAAAUUAAAUUGGUGCUAUGCUCCUGUAAUGGCAGAUUACUAACUUAAAGAAAUUGAUGUUAAUAUUAACAAGAAAAGUUAGUAGAUUUUUUAAAGAGAUUUAUAAUUGUUUUAGUCUUAAAACUGUGUGUAGAAACACUGCAUUACCAUAAGCCUCAGCCUGCCAAAUUGUUUGUAAUAAACCUUCUCGGACUCCCUUUUGCAAAACCUGGUUUUACUUUUUAGUGCAAUUCCAUACCACUGUUCUAGGGAAACGCACAUUUCAUUUACUACAGCCUCACAACAGGUGUCUUAUUUCAAAAGGGGUUUGACUUUUGACAUGGUAAGAAAAUGAAUAGAUUAAAGGGCCUGAUACUGCUGGUACCGACUUCAUCAAUCCUGUGCAUAACGGUUUGAAAGAUCAGGGUCGAAGCAAUUCACUGCUGACACACACAGAGUCUCGUAUGAAUGAGAACUACACAAACCACCCUCAACUUCUGACUGUAGCAUCGCUUCUCUGCUCCCAACACCUCUGUACUCAUUUCCUAUUAUACUAUGAAUGUACCCUCCUGUUACCUUUUGUAGCACCCAUUUGGUCUUCAUCAGUUCAUAAGCGCUGAAAUUGUGUUUUAAAACAACAAAACUCAACUCCUGUUUGUGAUGCAGUUAAAGAUGUUGGUGCUAACCAGUACUAGUUCAAACAUAUCUAGGAGCAGGGAACUUGUCCUGUAUUGGGUGUUUUUGGGUUUUUUUUUCUACAAAGGUUGUUUAUACGUAAGGGAAAAGUCUAUUUCAAAGGUUCUGUGUAUUUUUUCUAGAUGUGAAGUAUUUAUAACUGCUUUUUGUACAGCAAUCUGUAAACUAGAUCUAUUUGGGAUAUUUCUAGACUCUGCAGUUUCUUUAGCACAUGCCUGUUGAUCUUUGAAACAUUGUACGAUCAGUGUUAAUAUUUUGUGCAAUUUGUUAUAUUUUCAGUCAUUUCUGCCGUAAAUUUGCGUCGUCUUUUUUGACUUUUAAGAAAUUUUCACUGAAACGUCUUUCGUAAAUAAAACCUUUCUUGCAAA